AUGAGCCUCAGCACUCGUAGACCACCUGGUAUACCCAGUUCUGUUCGGCCACUUCGAUCUGACUCGACAAUCCGUGGACGAGAACCUGUUAUUCGGGCACAGGAUGAUUCAACUUCAACUUCAGCUGGCAGCCAAUAUCGCGCGACCUCCCAGUCUCAGCGGAGUCGCUCUGUCCCUCGCCAGGGAACCGAUAACCCUUUCCGUUCACGUCGUAUUGAAGAGACACCACCCUUGCCAUCUACCUCGUCGCGACAUUCUGUGCAAUCCAGCGUAAGCUCCACCAGCAGUGGAAGUUCUGUGGUGUCCGCUGCGUCUACUGCCCCAUCAUCUCUAUGGGACUACGUCGGUUGGAAAGGAAGCAAUAUAGCUCCCUCCAGUAAUCAUGAGGAAAGGGCACCUUCCCCGGAACAUUCCGAAUCUUCUGAUGCGACCAAUACCCUCUGGUCUCGUAUGGCAGCAGUUGCAGGGGGCCUAAGCGUGAACGUAGGGAAAGCAUGGGAAGCCAAGGAAGAUCUUCCGGAACCCGAUACUCCUCCCGGUCAAGAUUCUCGAAUCACAACGGCACUCAAGAAACAUUACAUCAAGCAAGCGAGCGACCCACGCCAGUUGCCGUCUUGGCUUUUCAGUGAUAUAGAGCGUCAAGUGGGGCGGAGCCAUGCUCGUCGCGGGCCCGAGUCUGAUGACGUUCAAUACGAGAAAGGUAGCUCGAUCUUGCCCCAUGAAUCCACUGCCCCCGUUCGUUCAAAUGCGAGGCAUGAAGGCGCAUACAUGUCGCCACAGCAUGCUCCUCCGAGGGAACCAACGAGGGCUAGAACGUUCGACGAUGAGGCUCCCGCUCCGACGCGUGCGGCCACCCGGUUAAGAACAAUGCGGGACGCAAAGCGCGGGCCUAUCGGUGUGCCAGACACACUCCAAAAGAUUCAGACAAAGGCCUUACAAAAUGUCCUCAACUUGACGUCCUCUCCAAACUCACAAUCACAGGCAGCAAUAAUAUCACGCCCGGGAACUCCGGCGCAACAAGCUCAGGCCGCCGCACCAGUGUGGAAAGUGCUUGUACUAGAUGAGCAAUCAAAGGACGUGAUAGCCACCGUAUUGAGGGUGCAGGACUUGCGUGAUUCAGGGGUGACGCUUCACGUUCAAUUGCAUUCUCAUCGUCCAGCCCUACCUGAUGUGCCCGCCGUGUAUUUGGUUGCACCCACCCUCGCUAAUGUUCAACGUAUUGCCGAGGAUCUCUCGCAAUCACUCUACGAAUCCACACACGUCUCCUUCACGUCUCCCCUUCCUCGAGCGAUCCUUGAAGAGUUUGCGGCUCUAGUUGCUCGAGACGGUACAACCGAACUGGUCGCACAAGUUCUCGACCAAUAUCUAGACUUUUUAGUUCCUUCCCCCUCUCUGUUUUCUCUUCUUCCACCAAAGGGAAAGUCCGUAGCGCAAUCAGAAGCGGGAGGAUCUGGGUCAUCAGGGAAUUCUUACGCACUUCUGAACUCGCCCAAAGCAACCGAAGAAGAUAUCGAGAACGAGGUGGACCGAAUCGCUAGCAGCUUGUUUUCUGUAAUUGUAACUCUUGGACAAGUACCCUAUAUUCGUUCUCCCAGAGGCAACGCUGCAGAAAUGGUUGCGAGAAAGUUGGAAUCAAAAAUUCGGGAUCAUCUACACGGUUCUGGAUCUGCACGCUCCAGUGGAGGGCCAGGUCUUUUUGCCCAAGCGGAAGGGUCUGGAUUGGGAGGGCUUUCGAGACCUGUUCUUAUUCUUUGGGACCGUAAUCUGGACUUAGUCCCGAUGCUCUCGCACUCUUGGACUUACCAGGCCCUUGUGCAUGACGUGAUGGAUAUGAGACUCAGUAGAGUUUCCAUGUCAACAACAGAAGGAGGAAGGACCCAAAAGAAGACGUAUGACCUUGACCAAAAGGAUUUCUUCUGGGCUAAGAAUGCUGCGAAUCCUUUCCCUCAAGUUGCUGAAGAUAUCGACACUGAACUUAAUCGGUAUAAGCAAGACGCCGCAGAGAUUACUCGGUCCACAGGAAUCAGUGAUGUUAACGAUGUAGGACAAAUGGAUCUUUCCAGCAACGCGAAGCAUCUCAAGACAGCAAUUACGGCACUUCCAGAACUUACGGCCCGAAAGCAGACACUCGAUACUCACAUGAACAUUGCGACGGCGUUGCUCACUGCCAUCAAAUCACGAACGCUCGACGAAUUGUUCCAGACUGAGGAUGCAGCUGCCAAACAGACUACCGCCAGUAUACUUGAGGUACUUCGCGGAAAGCCUGAAACUGGCACACCUUCUCCAGAAGACAAACUCCGCCUCGUUCUCGUCUAUUUCCUCUCUGUACCCGAUCAUCAAGUCUCGAAAGAAGAUUUGGCCGAGUUGGAGAAGGAGUUGAAGGCAGCGGGUUCAGACACUCUUGUACUAGACUACGUCAAGAAAGUUCGUGACAUUAGUCGCAUGACCACCCUUGCUGCCCCUGUCCAAGCACCAAGCCAGGGAGGAGAACUAUUCCGCGGGUUCAGUGCCCUCGGCAACAGACUUACUGACCGCCUCAAAGAGGGAGGAUUCGACAAUCUCCUGUCUGGAGUCAAAAACUUCCUCCCUACCUCCAAAGACCUCGCUCUCACCCGGGUGGUCGAGGCUAUUAUGGACCCCGCCGUUGCUUCCAAUCAAGCUCUGCAAGACACAGACGACUAUCUGUUCCUUGACCCUCGUGCGCCCCGCCAACAGGCUGGAAAGGCUAAGCGUAUGGGACACGCCGAGGCAAUUGUCUUUGUUGUGGGCGGUGGUGGGUAUGUCGAAUAUACAAACUUGCAAGAAUGGGCUGGGAGGCAAGCGAGCAACACAAUUGGGUACCAGGAAAGAGGGUUAUAUAUGGUAGUACUGAAAUUGAGAAUCCUGAAGGAUUCAUGA